UAUUUAACGAUCGAUACAGGAAACAAAACAAGGACCCCGUCUAUCAAGGUAACUUCAGGUAGUUUCCAAGGAAACCUCGUGAAAAAUCAUGUUGGCUGCUCAAUCGAACGUGAAUUCAUCCACAAUGGAUCAGUUUGGAAAUAUCAGGUCGCUCGCUUCAAGUUUGAGAGCAACAUUAAUAUACGAAGUCAUAUUCGGCUCACAGGAACUAACGCUCUCUCGCUAGUCGGAGAGAACAUUUCUAUAGAGACAAACGGAAAGCUGCAAAUUGAACCAAACGCCAUGCACCCACGUUACGGAGAUCCAAGAUUUGUUGGAGGUUUCGUCGCAAAAAGUGGCGGAAAUGGAUUUCAUUAUGGUGGACCUGGCCAAGGUAUUCGUAUCAAUGGAGAGUUUGGAGGGGCUGGGCAUGGUGGUCACGGAGGAGGAGACAGCAGCUUAUCUAAUGGCAAUUCAUAUGGUCUUACUGAUGCAGACCUCUAUCUCGGUGGAAGCACAGGAGCUUUUACGGGAUCAAAACUACCAGGUGUAGGGGGAGCAGCAAUAGAACUAGAAGCGAGUGGGAAAAUAGAGAUACGUGGUACUAUAGAUGCAAAUGCUCUACCAAGGCCAAACAAUGCAUUAAACAGCAACGAGAUGACCGCAGGGAAUUCAGGAGGUUUAAUAAGACUUCUGGCUGAAAGGGUUAAUAUCUCACAAGGAGCAAGGAUAUCUGUCAAGGGAAAUAAAGAAUCAUGUGGAAAUCUCAGCAACUGUAAGGCCGGUGGUGGAAGUGGAGGGAUUGUCCAAAUCAUAUCAAGAUCUGGUUUUAUGGCCCGUCACGUCAUCAGUUUAGGCGGUCAAAGCGGUGGCCACAGAGACCCACCAGAGAAUGGAUUUCUGUACAUAAAGGGUGUCAAAGACGGAACGUUUAACACAUUUCCUAACGCACCGUUCUCCUGGGACCAAAGUCAUUUUUCAAUAAGAAUGCGGCCCUCUUCUACCAUGGCAACCAUCCAGCAAAGCGCACUCAAGAGCCAAUUGCCUGCACCUACUUCUCGAAGAGAAGUAGGUGAUACCGCUACUUCAACAGUAUUACUGAUUCCCACAUCGAUGCCAUCUUACUACGGAGCAACAUUAAACAUAACAACAAGCUUUGUACAACAAAGUCCAGGGGUCCCCAGCUCACAACAGCUUUCUCCAACUCGUAAAGUAAGCAGUCCAUUACUGCAUAAUCCACAUGCUACAUUCUCAGACACUGAAGGUAGGUAGAUGAAA